AUGCCUUCUCAAGGACUAUCCCUGAUUUUUCCUCUGUUGUUUAUCUGCUUCUUCAGGGAGAGCUUCUGCAUUUGUGAUGGUACUACCUGGACAAAGGUUGGAUGGGAGAUUUUUCCAGAAGAAACGCAUUAUUUGAAAGUUAAGCUUUCUCCAUCUCACUGUCUACCUUACCCUCUGGACAAACUAUGCUGCAAUUUUGCUAGUAUGGAUAUAUUUCAGAGUUGUUUACAUCUUAUUUACAUUUCAGUACAAGCUCUCUUUUUAAUCCUGUCUGUUUUAUCGGCUCAUUACCUGUGGGUGAAAUGGAAGAAACACCAAAAAAAGCUGAAGAAACAAGCCUCCUUAGAUACAGCUGUUAAUGAUCUAGAAAGCCAGUCCAUCUAUGACGCUGACCAAAUACUCUGCAGACUGGUGGCCACAACAUCAAUGAUCACCAAGUACCUGAAUCAGGUGUCCCAUCAUCCUCUGGCUAAGAAAGUCAAGCACCAAAAACUAAAGGGGAAGAGAGUGAAGGAAAAGGAGCCAGAGAAUACAAGAUAUAUUCAUAUGCAAAUAUAG